CAAGGCUUCGGCACCGGAUUGCCUUGCGCGACUUCUCGUUUUCAAGUCUGCGCGGUUAUCUUCUUGUCAUUCCAAGCGGUUGUCAUAUUCGCACCGAGUUCCUUUACCUACUGCUCCACUCCGUAUUGCGGUCUCCCAGGUCCAUUGGAGCGCUUCGCAUAACGACAGUCGGGACGAUCGCUAGGGCAGUUCGUGCCUGCUUGCCAGCCACAAGCACAUAAUGGGAAAGGCUGAAACUCAAGCCUGCACCAAAGUCAUUGCACGAAUUUUGAAGGAUACGGGGUUUACCGGCACUAUGGCAGAGUCCUUGGACAUGUUUACAGAAGUGUACGCAUUGUAUAUGGAGGAGCUCUUUACUCGCAUACAUAUGUAUUGUGAGCAUUCAACGCGAACAAAGCCGAACUUGAAUGACGUACGGCUGGGAUUGGCGGAUAUGGGAUUGGAUGUUGGGGAUUUGGCCGCGUACGUUGAUACUUUGAAGCAAAAGGGCCGGAUAGAGUCUGUAUCCGACUACGCCGACAAGACUGUCAAGCCAGAUCCAGUUUCUUCAUUAUUCUUUCAGGAAGACCGCUUUAAGUACGUCAGCGAGCCUCCACCUCGACCUUCGUCUAUACCAUCACAUCUACCGCCGUUCCCAAGUCCACAUACCUUUGUUGCGAAUAAGAUAUCAAAUGAGAAUGAUGAACCUAGUUCGAUCUUACGUGCCAAACAAGCUGAACAGUCACGACAGGUGGAGGACAACCUUACUCAAUUUUUAGAAAAGGCUUCCCACCUUCUAUAUGCAAGAAACGCGAAUGAAGACUACGAUGCACUGCCAGUAAACUACGAAACUUCAUGGCGAAGAAAACGAAAAGCAUGGGCGUAGUAAAUGGUGGGGUCGGGGUGUAUUUACGUCAACUCUAUAUGUGGCUUCUGUAUUAUUAAUGUCAGAGCUGUAUAUAUCGGCUACCGGUAUCUCAUUUCCGCUGGUUCGUAGCCGACGGUGGGAAACUGUUUCGCGAAAUCUACGACUUCCUUUUUGAGAGACUGUAAUUGCGUAACGUUUGAUCCAUCUCCAAGCGAAUCUUUGAAGUCUUUGAGCUUCUUGCCUGUUACGAUUGAGGAGGACAUGAGCGUGGUUCAUGAGCUCAAGCAUUCGAAGAUAGCGUACCUGAAACGCCAGCAUUCAACUCGCGAGUUAUUUCUACUCCUCGGUGAAUGAAUUUGGCAAUCUGUGCGAAAUCCUUUUCUUGAAGGCCUCGACUGGUCAUUGCCGGAGACCCUAGAGUAGAAUUAAUCAGAUAAUCAAUCACAUGAGGGCUUGAGAUUCAACAUAUCCCGUACCGAUGCGCAAGCCACCGGGAAUCAAGGCGCUUUUAUCACCAGGAACCGUGUUCUUGUUGGUAGCGAUGUUGACCAAUUCGAGAAUCCGCUCCACUCGCGCUCCAUCAAUGUUCUAGAGGUCCAAGAACCGGUUUAGAUCGAUUGAAUAUACAGAGGUCAUUGAACCACAGUCUUAUACCUUGCUGCGAAGGUCCAGUAGCAAUAGAUGUGUGUCGGUACCACCGGACACCAUAUCAUAUUGCAGUGCACCAAAGCUUUCCUCGAAUUGUUUGGCAUUACGCAAGACCUGUUGCUGAUAUGCCUUGAACUCAGGC